UCUAAUGACAUCUCACAAAGUAGUGGUAGAAAAAAGAAGAAAAAAUCCUAGAAAAAAAUAAUUUUUAUUAUAGUGAACAAGAAAAAACUGAAUUUUUAUUAAUUAUCGUAAAUAAAUACGGGGAAAAAUUAGUAAUUAAGUGAAGUUUGCAAAAUAUAUCAAAGUUUGGUGAUAAAAACCAUUAUUAAAUAAGGCCAAUCUAAUCUUAAUUGAAAUUAAGAAAAUGUCUCAAGGUGCUGGUACUGCUGGCACACCAUCAGCUCUACAAAAUGGAUUUAACAAAGUUUUUAUUCAACGAGAUUACAGUGAAGGUACUGCUGUUAAAUUUCAUACUAGAUUACCCAGUGAAUUGGAAGGCUUGAUUGAACGACAUGUUUUUGAGUCUACAAUAAACAGACUAAAUGAAUUUUUUGCGGAGGCCGAAAAAGGUUCAUGCAGUACCUAUUGCGAGGGCUGUAUUGGUUGUAUCACGGCAUAUUUGGUUUAUAUGUGCUCGGAAACGCACUAUGAAAAAACUCUGCGUAAAAUAUCUAAAUAUAUAGCUUCCCAAAAUGAACGCAUUUAUCAUCCAAAAGGUUUACAAAUCAUAGAUCCUACCUAUCGUGGUUUACGUGUUAUAGAAAUAACAAUUUUAGAUCGUCCUGGACGAACGUGACUUCCGCUUUCACACUCAACCGAAGAGUUUUUUAUGUAAUACUUAAAGAAAAACUAUAAUAGUUAAACAACGGAUCUUUAUUUCCAAAAAAGUUUAAUUUAAAUGUGUUAUAUUAAAAAUUUUCUUAAGAAAUAUUACUUUGUUUGGUUGACUGGUAAUUAAAAUAUUUAAUUUUAAAUUCAGUUCUAAAUUUGUUUAGCUAUAAAAUUAUAUUGUUUUGAACUACAGUAAAACAUUUUCUAAAUUAUUUACAUAAACUCAAAAAUUUUAACGUAGGAGAACAAAGUUUGAAUUGUAUCCUCUAAAAUACUUGGCAGAUUUAAACGAUUUCAGUAAAUUUAAUAUAGUAUUUAAUCAGACAAAACCUGUAAAUCUAGCGAGUGGUAAAUUUAACCAAAUUUGUGUAGAAAUUAAAAAAGUAAAGAAAAAAGUAUUUAACUUUUAUCAAUAAAAAUAAUAACUGAAAUUAACAAAUGACAAAGUCAACUUAUUAAGAAAACUAUAAAAUAAAACACAUUAAAAACUGUUGAAAUGCAAAAGAAUCUUUUUGAAAUAAAAAAUCCUUAAUUUCAUAGAAAUGUAAGUUUAAAUGUAAGCUUUUUGGUAAAACCUAUAAAUAAAUAUGCAUUUUUUUCAUCCCAAAAACAAA